GAAGAAGAAAGAAUGGAUCCGUGCCCGUUCGUCCGGUUAAUCGUUGAAUCGCUGGCAAUAAAGCUUCCACAAGCGAGCAAACCGGCCGGUUCAGGUGUGCAUCCAUCUUCCACUCCAUGUUUCUGCAAACUCCGCCUUAAAAACUUCUCCCCAUCACAAACAGUUCUCCUCCCACUCUCCUCCGCCUCCGGCGACUCACCAUCGGACUCAGCCACAUCCUCCGCCGAAUUCCAUCUCGAACCCAUCAUCCUCCGCCGUCUCGCCGCCAAACCCACCGCACUACACUUGUCCGUUUACACAGGUCGGAUGGGUCGCACCUGCGGUAUGAGCUCCGGUAAGUUACUCGGCCGGGUUCGCGUUAAUAUCGACAUGAAAGGGACUGAGUAUAGGGCUUCUGUGUUCCAGAACGGUUGGUUAAAGCUAGGCAAAGAGCCGGACAAGCCAUCGGCUCGUUUGUUCUUGGUGGUCAGGGCUGAACCAGAUCCAAGAUUUGUCUUCCAAUUCGGCGGCGAACCCGAAUGCAGCCCUGUAGUGUUUCAGAUCCAGGGGAAUAUAAGACAACCUGUGUUUAGUUGCAAGUUUAGCGCUGAUCGGAAUUCCAGAUCACGAUCUCUGCAAUUAGAUUCCGGCAACCACAACAAUAACAGAAGAUGGAUAAGUUCCUUUCCAGGGGAGAAAGAACGUCAAGGAAGGGAAAGAAAAGGGUGGAUGGUUAUAGUACAUGAUCUCUCAGGGUCACCAGUGGCAGCAGCUUCCAUGAUCACACCUUUCGUUCCUUCUCCUGGUUCUGAUCGUGUGUCACGAUCAAACCCAGGUGCAUGGCUAAUCCUCAGACCAAAUGGUUCCUCUGUAAGCAGUUGGAAGCCUUGGGGACGUCUUGAGGCAUGGAGAGAGAGAGGUUCCAUUGAUGGUUUGGGUUAUAAGUUUGAGCUUGUAACUGAUAAUGGAACCAAUAAUGGAAUUUCAAUUGCUGAGGCAACUAUAAGUGUUCGAAAAGGUGGAAAGUUUUGUAUUGAUGCAAGCAUGGCUGGUGGUAGUGAAGCUGCUUUGUGUUUAUGGCCUGCACUUAAAGGGUCUUUUGUGAUGGGUUCUACUGUGGAAGGUGAAGGGAAGAUUAGUAAGCCUAUGGUACAAGUGGGUGUGAAGCAUGUGACCUGUAUGGCUGAUGCUGCUCUGUUCAUAGCUCUUUCUGCUGCUAUUGAUCUAAGUAUGGAUGCUUGUAGACUUUUCUCUCGUAAACUUGGGAAAGAGUUUUAUCAUGAUCAACAAGAUUAUCUUUCUUAAGAGAUUUGCUCUCUUAUACAAUGAGAAUCUAAUUUAAAAGGUUUGAGUAUGGGAGAGCCAGUACCCCCCCUUUCUAAUUC